CACACACACACACACACACACACACACACACACACACACACACACACACAGGCAGCAAAGCUUGCAGAUCUUCCAAUCAACUUCUCACACGGCCUCAUACAGAUCUACAGAGACACCGAGCACCAAAGAACAUUUAAUUAAACACCAGGGGUACCAUGGUUCAAACAUUGAACAAUAUGGCGGAGCUGAGAGGUUCUAGGUUUGGUCGUCCCUGGCCGAGGCACGGACUCAAGCUCCUUUUCUGGUUCGCCAACGAUUACAUCGUCUUUGACGAUGACAACCAGAUGGUUGCAAAUUACGACCCCGAAGAGGGAGACUUUGGUUUCCAUCACUUCCGCAACAGACUUGAGUGUGAAAACAAUGUCUGCAAGAGGCUGCUUCCUUAUAGUGAGUACCCAUUCUAUGACGUGGGCAACCUCUACCACCCAACAUCUAAAUCAUUGCCUAAAUAUGUCCGUGAGGGCAACACUCAUCAGAUAGAUACCAGCAACAUGGACCGCCUCAUCAUCAGUAUGCGUCCAGACAUGACAGUGGAUCAGGUCUAUGUGACCCAGCACGAGGACCUGAAGAGCUUCGACCCGGUCAACACCUAUCGCAUCAGCAGGGGGUUGCUCAUGAUCAUACGUGGCCAUCCAUUGAGUAACUUCCUGAAACAGGCGGGCUAUUCCACCCAUGAGCAAAAUGUAAUUAUUGAUCAGGGCACCACCCCCAGGGAGUCCAGGGAUACCAGGAUUGAUAUGGAAGGUGGAUGCAGAGAUGCACCCAGAGAUGCACCAGGCUUCUGGGAAAGCUACUGUACCAUACUGUAACCAGGCUUCUGGGAAAGCUACUGUACCAUACUGUAACCAGGCUUCUGGGAAAGCUACUGUACCAUAAUGUAACCAGGCUUCUGGGAAAGCUACUGUACCAUACUGUAGAUCAGUGUCCUUUAGUCCUGGUCCUGGGGACCCUGAAGGGGGGAACUGUUUAGUUUGUUGCCCCAGCACUUUGCAGUUCAUUAUGGUUUGUUAAUUUUCACUAAAACAUUUAGUCAUUUAUCAGACACUCUUAUCCAGAGUGACUUCAGAGCAUUAAACUAAAGGCAGGUAAACAACAACUUCCUGUAUCACAGUCAGAGCAUUAAACUAAAGGCAGGUAAACAACAACAUCCUGUAUCACAGUCAGAGCAUUAAACUAAAGGCAGGUAAACAACAACUUCCU